GGCACACGUUACUUGACCAAACUCGUAACGUCAUUGAAGAUUCUGAUGACGUCACAACUCUCGGAUUGACACUGUUGACAGUUAGGCGAUAAACAACAAAUGACAAAUGUCAGUUGACAGUUCGUAUCUUCUACAUGUGUAUGUAGUUAUCAAAAAUAUUUUCUAGUAUCAAAACUAUAAUUCCUACUACACACAGUGUGACCAGCCCUAGAUUUUUUGAAUUUCCCGCCAUAAUAUUGUGUAAUAUUUCAGUAGUCAGACUUUUUUUUUCGUUUCUAGUAGCUGUAAGCAUCACAAUAGUUAAUAUCCUGUAUGUGGCCUUAUACUGAUAAUAACGUGUAGUAUGCACCUGGCUUUAUACUUUUUGGUUGUUGUGUUUAUGGUAAUUUUAGUUUAAUAGAGAACUGUCAGAUUUUGGCGGAGUGCCGUCGACCAAUCUUAUGUAUGAUUUGAUCUUAUUUAGUUAAUACGGUGUAUCGAUGUAGUAAAAGAAAUAUUUACUGAGCAUUAAAUCAAUGGAUGAUAACAAAAUGAAUGACAAAUAUAUGCACUCUUAUAGCAAUAUAAUAUAUGUCGAUGAAAACAUACCAGGGCCUUUUGAGGACAGUGUUGAGUACAAUAAUAUCGUAUAUAAUUUAAAUUCACGGUUACUAAAUUACUGCAAAUGCGAUUCAAUUUGCACUAUAGAAACCUGCCAGUGUUUGAUAAAAUCAGGAGAUGCUAAUUAUGAAAUGGAAGGAUAUAGAUUAAACUUCCUCAAAAAUACUGGUAAUUUAUCUUAUCCAAUUAUAGAAUGCAACAGCUUAUGUACUUGCUCAGAGAGCUGUGGUAACCGUGUGGUUCAGAAAGGACCUAUUGAUUGUUUAGAAGUUAAAAUGUGUAGAAACAUAUCUAAGGGUAAAGGAAUUUUCACUACGCAGUUCAUUCCUAGAGGUACUUUUAUAUGUGAAUAUGCUGGUGAGAUUUUAACUCUUGAACAAGCUAAGAAGCGGCAUAAAUUAAAUGAGACACUCAAAAAAAUGAACUAUAUCUUUUGCCUAAAUGAAUAUUGUAAUGAAACACAAUUACAGAUGAUUGUAGAUCCAAGUGAGCUGGGCAAUAUUGGUCGGUACAUUAACCACAGCUGCGAUCCUAACUGCAUCAUUGUGCCUGUCAGAGUCGAUAAUCCUCUACCCAAAUUGGCUAUAUUCUCUCAAGAAGAUAUACAUUAUGGUUCUGAAAUAACAUAUAAUUAUGGCUCCAACAGUUUUGGUAAUUCGAAAGAAGUAGAAAAUAGGAAAAAAUGUUUAUGUAGCAGUAACAACUGCUUUGGCUUGAUGCCUUCUGACAAAUAUUAAUAUGUUUGUUGUGUUGAAAAUGAUGCUGUUGCAACCAUGCUGAUUGAAUGAGCAAUAUAUAGUGAAAACCAGGUUACCAAUGCUUUGAUGUAAUUAAUAAUUCUUAGAAAAUAAACGUUAUGUUGUGAUGUAUGCAGUAAA